CCAAAGCACCAUGCUAUCUAUUGCUACCGGAUGGCUCUGUCCGUCUCCUGGUUCGUAUCAACGUCUCAUUCAUUAGUGGACUGUCUUCGUGUUUGGGUCCCGGGUCCUUACAAAAAGACUGCAUGGCUACCCGAAAACGAGGAAUGCCCGAGGAAAAUGCGAAAUCGGAAGAAGCCGAGAGUCCGAAGAAGCUCCGGAGCAGACACGUAGCGGCUCUGAUUUUAGCUCGAGGCGGGAGUAAGGGAAUACCUUUGAAAAACAUCAAGCCGCUGGCCGGAGUUCCUCUGGUCGGCUGGGUGCUGAGAGCGGCCAUCGACUCGGGAGAGUUCGACAGUGUUUGGGUGUCAACAGACCACGAUGAGAUUGAAAAAAUUGCAAAAUCCUGGGGGGCCAAAGUCCACCGGAGGAGCCAAGAAGUCUCCAAGGACUCCUCCACUUCCUUGGAGACAAUUCAGGAGUUUCUCAAGAAAAACCCAGACGUGACAGUGGUCUGUAACAUCCAGGCUACGUCUCCGUGUCUCCAUCCGACUCACCUAAAGGAGGCCCUGAAGAAGAUCACAAAGGACGGAUACGACUCUGUCUUCUCCGUGGUCCGGAGACACCAGUUCCGGUGGAAGGAGGUCAAGAAAGGAAGUGAUGAAUGCACUAAGCCUGAGAAUCUGAACCCUGCGAAGCGUCCACGGCGUCAGGACUGGAACGGGGAACUGAUUGAGAACGGCUCAUUUUACUUCGCCACCAGAGACCUCAUCAUGAAGGAAGGGCGGCUGCAGGGCGGUCGGGUCGCCUACUUUGAGAUGGAGCCGCAGCACAGCGUGGACAUCGACGUGGACAUCGACUGGCCUGUGGCAGAGCAGAGAGUCCUCAGGUAUGGUUACUUUGGCCGGGGAGUGUCUCUGAUGUUCUGUGAAGUUUCCGGAUGUCUGACGGAUGGACGGGUCCACCUGUCUGGGUCCCUGGACAGGCCUGCAGUGUCCUCUGCUGGCCUGUCUGACACUGAUUCUGGAGUGUCCUCUGCUAACGUGUCCGAGUCUGAAGCAUCCUCUGCUAAGGGCUCCGUUCACAGCAGAGACACAGAAGGAUUCAGUGUCUCCAUCCACAGCAGAGACACAGCAGGACUCAGGAAGCUGAAGAAAGACGAUGUGGAGGUGGUGCUGCUGAUCUCUGAGGAGAACGUUGCGCUCAGACAGAUGCGUUAUAAACUGAAGAUGAUGACGGGCUGUGAAGUGAUGCUGGUCGGAGAGGAUCCACUAAAAGAUGUGCAGUCGAUGGUGGAGAAGAGGAAGCUGGACUGGAAGGAUGUGGCCUACAUGGGAUGCGACGCAGCGUCUGCCAGCUGUCUGCACCUGGCGGGUCUGAGCGCGGCGCCGGCUGACGCCCAGCCCGACGCAAUCAGAGCCGGCAAGUUUGCCUGCAAGCAAGGCGGCGGCGCGGGCGCCGUGCGGGACUUCGCCGAACAUGUCCUGGUCCAGAAGCAGCAGGCCAGGCUCCAGAUGAAGCAGGACGGGAUCGACCGCAACUGCUUCUGAUGUCGGAACCUGGAUUGAAACGCGACACGUUUCGCGUGAAGCACUAGGGAUGGGCGGUUGCCACGGCAACGGACCGGAUCAUGAAGGCAAAAGACGCCAAGAAACAACGUUGGUACUUGUAGAGAAUGGCUGGAGUUCGCCUCAGAUUUUCUCCACAGCAGCCGUUCCUGUUGGUUGUUAACACUAAAAGCCGCUGACUUCUUGUUUCUGCAGGUUUUAGUUCACAGUUUACUCAUUUGAUUGUUGUUGUUCUAAAUCUGGUGGUUGGUUUUCAUAAAACAUCCGGAGGCAAUAUGGUAAGAUUACGCUUUAAACAAAACAGAAUGAGGAUCAAGCUGUGGAUUACUGAACAAAAAGCCACUUGAAUAAAUCAUUUUGCUGAUUUUUCAGAAAAGUCACAGGAAUGUUUUAGAUCUGAAGUUCUUCCACUAUUUCAUAACAUUUCAAUGUGUUUGUUGUACAACCAGCUCAUAAACUCUUACAGAUGCCACUGAUUAUGUUUGGGGGGCUUUGCUGCUUUAUCUCUGUCCUGACGAUCGGUCUGAUUUAACCCUCAUGACCUGCACAUAAUAUGGUUUGGUACCAAGUUACAAUUGUUGAUUCGCUCUACUCUAAGAUCACUGUGAUCACUUAAAUAUGCUGUAUUUAUUGACCUACUUCACUAUUAUAGCACUAUUUUGACAGGAAUAUUAAAUGUUUAUCAUGGUGUAAUUGUCCAGAGCAGUAAACUGACUUUCCAUUAGAUUUGAUGCAAUAAAGGGGAAAAAUGGCAUUAAAAUCCAGAUUUCAUCAAUAAAAGAUCAAAUGAGAA